AUGUACCAGAAUGCGCGUUACUUGCUCUCAUCCGUUGAUGAUGCCAAUUGUCAGAUGGUUGUUCACGCCGCUGAAGCGCUUCUCGUCAACGCCACCGCUCUGACCGAUUUGCCCACCGAGGAAUGUUUAAAGGGGAUUGACAUCGAUCGUGAGGGAACAUUCUACGCGAGUCGCGAGUUACUUAAACGGGAUGAUUGGUACACGGUGGAGGGACUUCGUCGAGUGAUCACGGCGGCGCUCGAGAAGAUGGCUCGCAUGUCGACCAUACAGACGCAACAGACGAAAUCGAUGGUGGACGAGUUGCAGAAGAAAUUGAAGAGGGCCAUUCAACCGCCAUCAGCCAUCUCAACCACCGCUCAA